AUGUCUGCAUUUUAUCGUCUUUCCAUUUCUCUUAUUUCACGAUCUUUCCUUGUUUCGUUUCAUUCCCCCUCUUUCCGUCACUCUCUUCAUUCCCCCUCUUUCCGUCACUCUCUUCAUUCCCCCUCUUUCCGUCACUCUCUUCAUUCCCCCUCUUGCCGUCACUCUCUUCAUUCCCCCCCUCUUGCCGUCACUCUCUUCAUUCCCCUCUUCCGUCACUCUCUUCAUUCCCCUCUUUCCGUCACUCUCUUCAUUCCCCCCCUUUUUUCCCCCUCUUCAUUCCGUCACUCUCUUCAUUCCCCUCUUGCCGUCACUCUCUUAAUUUCCCUCUCUUGCCGUUUAUUUCUUCAUUCCCCCCCUCUCUCUCCGUUUAUUUCUCCAUUUCCCUCUCUUACCGUUUCUCUCUUCAUUUCUCUCUCUUUCCCUCACACUCUUCAUUUCUCUCUCUCUCUUUCCCUCACACUCUUCAUUUCUUUCUCUCUCUUUCCGCAACUCUCUUCAUUUCUCUCUCUCACUUUAUCUCACUAUCCGCCCCCACUAGAAUAA